AUGCAACGAUAUGUAUUAAUAUUCGCUGCUAUUAUCGUUGUAAUGUAUUUUGGUCUACACACAACUAACCAAAUGUUGAUUAAAAAAAUUAACAAAGAGGCAACUGAAAAAGAAGAAAUCAAAAAAGGAACAAUUGAGAAAGAAGAAAUCAAAAAAGGGACAAUUGACAAAGAAGAAAUCAAAAAAGGAACAACUGAAAAAGAAGAAAUCAAAAAAGGAACAACUGACAAAGAAGAAAUCAAAAAAGGAACAAUUGAUAAAGUAGAAAUCAAAAAAGGAACAAUUGACAAAGAAGAAAUCAAAAAAGGAGCAAUUGACCAAGAAGAAAUCAAAAACGGAGCAAUUGAUAAACAAAAAAUUAAAAAAGAAAAAGUACUCCUAGUAACAGCUAUUCCACCAGCACCAUGUAAAAGCACUUUUGGAGAUUUUGUCAAUAUUCAAUCUAUAAAAAAUAAAUUAACAUACUGUCAAAUAAAAAACUUUUCUUUUCAUUUUAAUACUGUUAAAGUUGAUCCUUUAUUAGCCGGUUCAUGGAAUAAAUUAGCACUUGUACAUUAUAUACUAGAAAAUAAUUUAGAUUAUGAUUGGAUAUUUUGGUUCGAUGUGGAUACAUUAAUAUUAGAUAUGGAGUUUGAUAUUCCGUUCCAAGAUUACUCAGAAUAUAACUUCGUCUUAUAUGGUGACAAAAAUUUAUUGUAUAAUGAACGCAAUGUUUUAGAAGGAAUAAACACUGGCAUAUUUUUGAUAAGAAACAAUGAAUGGGGAAGAAAGUUUAUGAAAAAAGCCUGUGAUUUGGGCAAAAGUAAGACAGUAAAAAUGGAAUUGGCAUUAAAAAAUUAUGACGCAUCAUUACGUGAUCAAAAUGCAGUUGCUUAUUUAUUGUGCCAAGAAGUAGAACUACGGAAAAAGGUAUUUUUAGAACAGAGAUAUCAAAUUAGCGGUUAUUGGGAAGAAGCAAAAAAAAAUAAAAAAUGGAAUCCUUUCAUCAUGCAUUUUGCUGGAUGUGAAUUCUGCGAUGGUAUUUAUGAAAGCAAAAAGCAAGAAUGUCUCCCUUAUUGGAAGAAAUUCGUUAAAAAACCAAGCCGAUAUUUUUCCAAAGGACUUAUUUAA